GGAGGUGGUGGCGGCAGCAGCGGCGCCUGCGCAUCUACUGUCAGGGUCAUCAGGCGGGUCCCCUCGGCGGUCCACCUGCGCGUCGCGGAGCCGCGCCCUGGGGGUCGAUGGCGAUGAACUAUAGCGUGAAGGAUGAAGUGGACGGUGGGCCCCCGUGUGCUCCUGGGGGCACCGCUAAGACCCGGAGGCCGGAUAACACGGCCUUCAAACAGCAGCGGCUGCCUGCUUGGCAGCCCAUCCUUACGGCUGGCACGGUGCUACCUACCUUCUUCAUCAUCGGCCUCAUCUUCAUCCCCAUUGGGAUCGGCAUCUUUGUCACCUCCAACAACAUCCGCGAGAUCGAGAUUGAUUAUACCGGAACAGAGCCUUCCAGUCCUUGCAAUAAAUGUUUGUCUCCGGCUGUGACACCUUGCAUUUGUACCAUUAACUUCACUCUGGAAGAGUCAUUUGAGGGCAAUGUGUUUAUGUAUUAUGGACUAUCUAAUUUCUAUCAAAAUCAUCGUCGUUAUGUGAAAUCUCGAGAUGAUAGUCAAUUAAACGGAGAUUCUAAUGCUUUGCUUAAUCCCAGUAAAGAGUGUGAGCCUUAUCGAAGAAAUGAAGACAAACCAAUUGCUCCUUGUGGAGCUAUUGCCAACAGCAUGUUUAAUGAUACAUUAGAAUUGUUUCUGGUUGGCAAUGACACUUAUCUUACACCUAUUCCUUUAAAAAAGAAAGGUAUUGCUUGGUGGACAGACAAAAAUGUGAAAUUCAGAAAUCCCCCUGGAGGAGAAAACCUGGAAGAACGAUUUAAAGGUACUACAAAGCCAGUUAACUGGCUUAAACCUGUAUAUAUGCUGGAUUCUGACCUAGAUAAUAAUGGAUUCAUAAAUGAGGAUUUUAUUGUUUGGAUGCGUACUGCAGCAUUACCUACUUUUCGUAAGUUAUAUCGUCUUAUAGAGCGGAACAGUGACUUACAUCCGACAUUACCAGCUGGACGAUACUAUUUGAAUAUCACAUACAAUUACCCUGUACAUUCUUUUGAUGGACGAAAACGGAUGAUCUUGAGUACUAUUUCAUGGAUGGGAGGAAAAAAUCCAUUUUUGGGGAUUGCUUACAUCGCUGUUGGAUCCAUCUCCUUCCUCCUGGGAGUUGUACUGCUAGUGAUUAAUCACAAAUAUAGAAACAGUAGUAAUACUGCUGACAUUACCAUUUAAUUUUAUAUUGUCAAAACAAAUCUACUGCAUGUGCAUCAAGGCCAGUCCUAUUCAACAUAGCUUUUGAAUGCUGAUGUCUGGUUAGUAUGUCAUUUUGAAAUUGACACAUUUUUUUUUUAAACAGUCUUUUUCUUUUGCUUCUUCCCUAAGGAUGACUUAUGAAAAUAUAUGACGGGUAUAAAAAAUUAACUGUAUUGAUCAUAUCAACACUGUAACUGUUGAAAUGGCAUUCUAAUGUUUGCUUUUUAUUGGGACAAGCCACAUGAUGCAUAGAGCCUCUUUCAUGUGAAAUGUAUCUACUGCUUAAAAGUUUAUGCUGUGUUGAUAAUAUUAUAUUGACAUAUGAUGCUGUAUAUGUGUGCCUGUAGUGUAAAGAAAGGGUUUACACGAUUGAGUGUAAUGACUUGCUAACUUUUCAGGAUUCAGAGUUACAGAAACAUGAAGAAAGACCAAAUCUAAAUAAAACACUUCCAUCAUUUUCAUGUGUCGUGUGUAAAGGCUUAAAGUACUAUCUUUGUUGAGGUGGUUCAUGUACUCAAUUUAUCCAGUACAGUGCUUUGUUAAACUUAGGUUGAUUUCAAAGGACAUGCUUACCUUGUCUGUCAUAGGAAUUAAUCCUCAUGUCUAAAGAGGUCAGGUAGAUCUCAGGUAGGAGAAUUUAAAAUUCCUCUUUCAAUUUGGUUAAAAUGUUAUAUAUAGUCAAGAACCUCAACUCACUUGAAAUGUUUUUACAUGUGAUCAUUUCCCUUGAAGCUUAUGCUUCUUAAGGGAAGAAAGAGUACAGGUGAGAUGGGAAAACUGCUUGGCAGGCCUUCAUCUUCUGCCUCAACUGUAAAUCAGAUGUAAAUGCUCAAAGGAGACUGUUUUCAUUUGUGUGGUAUUUAACAUUCAGAAAAUUACUUCAGCAUUGGGAAUACCUCAAGUUGUUUUUAUUUUGCAGGUUAGUGUUUUGACUUAAGUGCUAAUAUUAUAUACCAGAAAUUUUUGAAAACGGUAACCUUAAUUUCCUCUGUAUUUCAUUAAUUUUUGCAUAUAGGUCAAAUAUGGAUGUGUAUGCACAUUCUCUUUAGUUUAUGGUACCAAUUGUUUUGGUUGGUUUUCUUAAGACAUGGUUUAAAAAGAUGUUCUGUAAGUUUCCUAAUUAAAUUCUGGGGUUUUGGAGUAUGUACAUGAUAAAUUAUAUAUGGUUGAAGUUAUUUUAUUUUCCGCUAACUGGAAUUAUUUUAAUAUUCCUUAUUGAAUAAACAUAGUAAUUUGCUAUGGAACUUAUUCUUAAAGUGAAUGUAAACUUAUUUUUCCACAUGCAUGAAAAUGAAUGUAUUAAUCAGAGGUGGCUUAAUUGCACUGAAAUUGCUUUUUUUUUUUCUGAAAUAACUCAUGUUUGUGUAGAACAAUGCUUAUUCAGAAUUUGUAAUGAUUUUUCAGUUAUUUUAAAUCAAGAUCCAGGUAAUGUAUCAGUUUUGAUUAAUAUAUGCUUUUUUGAAAAACAGAAAACAAUGUAAUGGUUAAUAGUAGAAAUGUGCCACACUUUUAAAUUUUGUAUAACACAUAAAAUUCAGUUAAAGGAACCUGUAAUUAAUGAUAACUUUUAACGGGUGAAAACAUUACUUGCAUGAGGUACUUGAUGUAUUGUUAUCCUGAAAUUUCUGAGUACAUAGAGUGUUCUUUGUCUAAAAAUAUUGUUUUGUCUGUCCUUCAGAAUGUUAUUUAUUCUGAUAAUUGUCCCUCUUGCACAUGGCAGUUUAUUUUGUAAAUACAUCAUUGAGGAAGAGGGGUUUCUUCUAGUCUUUCCAGAUUGAGUCUGUGCUGUUUAAGAACUAUAUCCUGCAUCUCUUUUUCUAAUUGGAGGACCAAGGGUGCUGCUAAAGAAAAGUUGAAGAGCCCUUCCAACACUUUCUCAUCUGUGGAGAAGAUGGAAUCUUAAAAUACAUUUGGAGUUUUAUCUAUUUUACAAGUACAUUGAUGGCCUAAGUUCCUCCCUGUCUUCUGCCAUUUGAGCUGUAAGGGAUUCCUGUUGUAAAUGUGAAGAAUAUAGAACAUUCAUAUGUUCUCUGUGAAGCAGGGGGAGGGGGGGCAUUUCUUUCUUACAGGCUUUUUGCUCAUCUUUUGGAAACAUUGAUGUCAUAUUUAUCUUUCAAAGAAUCAUUGCAUUUUAUGGCAACUAGGUUAAGUAGAAGGCAUUGAAGAAUGCAUUAAUUUGCAGGAAGCAUUUUGACAAUUUAAAAGUUUCCUAAUUGGAGGAAUUAUUCAGUUAGUAAAAGCUAAGAAAUUUCAUUGAAAUCAUAAGGCAUUUUAAGAAUAAAUUGGUAAAAAUAAUUGUGUACUACCUAAUAAUCAUUCAAUUAAGAGAAGAGUCAAAUGAGAUUUAUUGGUUACUGACAGAGUUUAUUUGUAACCUUGAUUAUAUUAAAAGAUAACAUUGAUUAUAUUAAAGGAUAACGUUCUGUUAGUAUGUUCUAUAUUAAUAAAGAUGAAUAAAAUUAAUUUUGCUAUGUUCAAGUGUCUUGCUAAAGUAACAAUACCCCAGUAUUGUUGCUAAUGUUUAGCACUAAAUUUUAACCCAGGGUGAGUCCAGGUUUUAACUUCUCCAUGCCUAGAUUUGACAGAGUGUCAAAUUAAUUACCAUAUUUGUUUAAUUAAUUAUCAUAUUUGUAUUUUAAUCACUUGGACAUUAUUAACUGCAAGAUUUAUCUAUAUUAUUCAGAAACAUCCGUUCUUAUCAGGAAGUGGUCAGAUUGUCACCUGAGUUAUAGACAGACUGGCUAAGUUUGGUUUUAGUUCAGGUGCUGGGGAAUGUCUGGUAAAAAGAAAGAGAGGCAAGGAUGUUGAAAAUAACAAAGCCGGGUGCACAGGAAAUGGAAAGCCUGACUAGUCAGGAGAAGCAUCUGAGAGGUAGGUUUAAUGAAUGCUGUUCAGCCUGCUACCUCCUGUCUUCAUGGAAACGUUGCCUUAGGAUUAUUGUAUAGCACAUCUUUGUUGGUUCAGUCGUUAAGUUUUGUUCUUCCUGAACAUGGCUGUUUUGAGGGGAGGGUGGAGGGAGUAAGGCAGUGUUGCUGUUACAAGAAUUUUGCUGCAUAAGUAUCUAUUGUAGAGUUUGGAUGACCUAGUAGUGUUUCAGAACCCCUUGUUAGCUCACACCAUUCAGUAAACAUAAAAAUCAUAUUUUUCCUAAUGUAAUUUGAAAUUUCAAAUAAAUACCUUGUUUAAAACCAAA